AUGUCAUCUGAAAACUAUACCAACCAAAAGUUGGAGAGGGCCCAGGCUGCAAUAGCCCGUGGAUCAAUCUCCGUGGGCGUCACAGGGUGCAAUGCUGUGGUCAUCGCUGCAGAUAGGACACCAACAUCGCCGCUGUGUGAUGUGCACAGUGUCCGACAUGUGGAAAAGAUAGACAAGCACAUCGGCAUGGCCUACUCGGGACUAGAUCCAGACUACCGCAUCCUGGUGAAAGCGGGCCGGAAGUUCGGUCAAGUCUAUUACCUGACCCACCAGGUGCUGAUACCGGUGAAGGAGUUGGUAGAACGAGUGGGCUCGGUCGUGGAGGUUCACACGAAUCUCAUUGCCGUUCGCCCCUUUGGCGUCUCGUUGUUAGUCUGCGGCUGGAGCAACGAGAGUCCACAGCUCUACAAGAUCGAACCUACAGGACUCUUCUCUCCCUGGAAGGCCUCUGCCCAGGGAAAGAAUGCAUGUCGUAGCAAAGAAGUCCUGGUGGAGCGCUACAGCGAGGGUUUGGAAACUGACGACGCUAUUCACCUCGCCCUCCUGGCGCUGUGGAAGGGCGGCUGCGAAAUGAUUCCCGACAAUAUCGAGAUCGGAAUAUGCGAUCAGAACGGAUUCCGUCGCCUGGAUCACGGCUCAGUUCAAGAGUAUUUGUACAGCUUUGUCUCCUAG